AUGCUCGUCUGGGCUGCUUUUGUGACGAGUCUCCUCGGUGUAGCCGUAGCUGCUCCGCAAGUCAAGCUGGGGAAAACGACGCUAAUAGGGAGAGACAUCACUCUCUUGGGACUUGAUUUCUUUGGCGGUAUUCCGUUCGCCGAGCCCCCUCUCGGACAGCUACGGCUUAAACCGCCUGUCUUAAAAACGCACCUCAACGGCUCGACCUUCGACGCAAGUGACUUCGGCAAAGGUUGCCUUCAGCCGGGCGGAGAUGUGACUACCUUCUCAGAAGACUGUUUGACAAUCAACGUCUACAGGCCCAGAGAUACCCCUGCGAACGUGAAACUACCUGUUCUGUUCUGGACAUAUGGCGGUGGAUUCCAAGCUGGACAAUCUUCUAUUUAUAACGGAAGCGCCAUCGUAGCGCAGAGUGUGGCCCGUGGCACACCAGUCAUUUACGUUAGCUUUAAUUACCGUCUCGGACCACUCGGUUUUCCUCAAGGCCAAGAAUCUGAAACACGCAGUGCUUUGAACCUCGCCCUCAAGGAUCAACUGGCAGCCUUGGAAUGGGUCCAAGCAAACAUCGGAACGUUUGGUGGGGAUAAGAAGAAGGUCACAAUCUUCGGACAAAGCGCUGGGGCUGUCAUGACAGCAGUUCUAUUUCUCAAUUCACCCAUCGAGAAACUUGCACGCGCAGCAAUCUUCGAGUCGGGUUCGGCGGCAACCCCAGUCGAGUUGACGGCUGCUCAGCGUCAAACAGACUGGCAGAACUUCGUGGCCGGUGUUCCGUCAUGCGCUUCGCUGGCCACAUCUCGAAACACCUACGAUUGCUUGAAGAAGGCUAACUCGAGCGACAUACGCUUGGGGUUGCUCAACGGCAUCGCCAAAGCUGACGAGCUAUUCGCGUUCGUGCCGACCAUCGAUGGUCCUCGUGGAUUGCUUCCUGGUCUCGUUUCGCAGUCAUAUGCUAGAGGACGUUUUGCCCGCCUCCCUUUUAUUGCUGGGACUAAUCUGGAUGAAGGUACCAUUUUUACUUCAACCACCGGAUUAACAGAAGACGCCCUUCGCGCGAAAAUUAUUGCUAGCCUUUCUCCGCCUUUGGUGUCGUUUGCCGUUCUUAAGAACACAGCAAACGAAUUGCUGGAACUGUACCCAGACGACCCUGCACUUGGUUCUCCUUUCAACACUGGUAACGAGACUUUCGGUCUUCCGUCUGGGUUUAAGCGCGAGUCCGCUCUCAUGGGAGAUAUCGGCUUCGUGUCUCAGUGGAGGAGUUGGAUACAGACUGCUAGCCGUGCCGGAGUCAAAACUUUCGGGUACUUGUUUACCCAACCCCAACCUUUCAGAGCGCCUGAGGAAGGAGUUUGCCAUAGUUGCGAAGUUCUCUAUGUAUUCGGAGCUCCAAGGGAUAGAUCCGCUUCGUCCCUUCGCCUUAGCAGUCUCAUGAUUGACUACUGGGUGUCUUUCGCCACAAGUCUCGAUCCUAAUGACGGGCGUGGUAACCCUCGCCCGAACUGGCCUCAAUAUACGCCAGCCAACAAGGUCCUCAUCCAGCUGAACGGCGAUAACACCACUGUCAUCCCUGACGACUUCCGUAAGGAGCAGAUCGACUACAUCAACUCCAACCCCACGGUUUUCCACCACCGGCGUGCGUUAUAUGCUCGUAGGAACCAGUAUUAA